AUGAGGAUUGGAUCAACGGCGGAUGAGAGGCGGAGGAAGGCGGUAGAGGAUGAAGUGGUGGGGGAGGAGUACGUGGUGGAGGAUGUUCGAGAUCAGGAUCACGGAAGGUUAACGAAACGUCGGAGUCGAUUCACGUUAUUGGCAGGGGAUCUUGACCUAGAUCCGAGUCGUAGAGAUUUCAAUACAGAGAAAUUCAUCGAUGGAAUCAGAGGAUGCUCUCCUGCCCUCUUCAUUCAUCCUCAAAACAGCUGGUAUAAAGCAUGGGAGAAGUUCAUAUUAAUAUGGGCAGUUUACUCUUCUUUCUUCACACCAAUGGAAUUUGGAUUCUUCAGGGGAUUGCCUAAAAACCUCUAUUUCUUAGACAUAGCUGGUCAAAUCGCUUUCCUCAUAGAUGUUGUUCUCCAUUUCUUUAUAGCCUACAGAGACACCCAAACUUACAAAAUGAUUUCUAAUCGCAACUUAAUCGCUGUUAGGUACCUCAAAUCUCAUUUUUUGUUUGAUAUACUAGCAUGUAUGCCUUGGGAUAACAUCUACAGGGCUUCCGGAAGAAAAAGAAGAAGUGAGGACAUUCGUGUCAAUUAUCUUUUUUCAAGGAUUAUAAAAUUAAUCGCUGUUGAACUCUAUUGCACUCAUACGGCUGCUUGCAUAUUCUAUUAUUUGGCUACGACUCUGCCAGCUGUCGAAGAAGGAUACACCUGGAUUGGGAGCUUAAAAUUAGGCGAUUAUAGCUACUCAAAUUUCAGAGAGAUUGAUCUUUGGAAACGCUACACAACUUCUUUAUAUUUUGCCAUUGUUACUAUGGCCACAGUUGGUUAUGGUGAAAUACAUGCGGUGAAUAUGAGAGAAAUGAUAUUUGUGAUGAUUUAUGUGUCAUUUGACAUGGUUUUGGGGGCAUAUUUGAUUGGUAAUAUGACAGCUUUAAUAGUGAAAGGAUCAAAGACAGAAAGAUAUAGAGAUAGAAUGACAGAUCUUCUUAAAUAUAUGAAUAGAAAUAGACUUGGGAGAGAUAUAAGAAAUCAGAUAAAAGGUCACCUUCGAUUACAAUACGAGAGCAACUACACUGAUUCCUCUGUUCUUCGCGAUCUUCCAAUUUCCAUUCGUGCAAAGAUAUCUCAAACGCUAUACAAGUCAUACAUUGAAAAAGUUUCACUUUUCAAAGGAUGCUCUUUAGAAUUCAUCAAUCAAGUUGUAACAAAAGUGCAUGAAGAAUUUUUUCUCCCAGGGGAAGUGAUUAUGGAACAAGGCAAUGCGGUUGAGCAGCUUUAUUUCAUCUGUCAUGGUGAACUGGAGGAAAUUGGUAUAUGUGAAGAUGGAUCUGAAGAAACAGUAUCGAUUCUAAAACCUCAUAGUUCAUUUGGAGAGGUUUCUAUUCUUUGUAACAUUCCUCAACCUUACACAGUUCGAGUUUGUGAGCUUUGUAGACUUCUUCGCCUUGACAAACAAUCUUUCUCUAAUAUCCUUGAGAUUUAUUUUCAUGAUGGGAGAAAAAUUCUCAACAAUCUUGUAGAGUUUAACGCAUCAGAUGCACGAAUGAAGCAAUUAGAGACAGAUAUCAUUUUACACAUUGGAAAACAUGAAGCAGAGCUUGCACUCAGGGUCAACAGUUCAGCUUUCUAUGGUGAUUUGUAUCAGCUUAAAAGCUUGAUUCGAGCUGGAGCUGAUCCAAAUAAGAAAGAUUAUGAUGGAAGGACUCCAUUGCAUCUUGCUGCAUCAAAAGGAUAUGAAGAUAUCACUCUUUUUCUUAUUCAAGAAAAGGUAGAAGUGAAUGUUUUAGAUAAUUUUGGGAACACUCCAUUAUUAGAAGCUAUUAAGAAUGGACAUGAUAAAGUGGCUUCCAUAUUAGUGAAAGAAGGAGGCUCAUUGAAGAUAGAUGAUGCUGGUUGGUUUUUGUGUACAAGUGUAGCAAGAGGAGAUAUUGAUUAUAUAAGAAGGAUUUUGUCAAAUGGGAUUGAUCCAAAUUCAAAAGAUUAUGACUUUAGAACUCCACUUCAUGUGGCUGCAUCACAAGGAUCUUAUAUAAUUGUCAAGUUGUUGGUGGAAGCUGGAGCUAGUGUUCUAUCAAAGGACAGAUGGGGUAAUACUCCACUUGAUGAAGGGAGGAUGUCUGGAAACAAGAUGUUGAUCAAAUUACUAGAAGAAGCAAAAGAUGCUCAGUUGUCGGAACUUCCGGAAGGUGCUCAAGAAAUAACAGAUAAAAUGCAUCCUAGGAAAUGUACAGUAUACCCAUUUCACCCAUGGGAACAUAAGGACAAAAGCACGUGUGGAGUGGUUUUAUGGAUUCCACGAACAACAGAGCAACUUAUAAAAACAGCAGCCGAACAAUUGAAGUUGGAAAGUUAUGACACUUGUUGUAUAGUAACAGAAGAUGCAGGUAAAAUUCUUGAUGUUGAUAUGAUUUUAGAUGGACAAAAGUUGUAUUUGAUAAGUGAAGAAUGA